AUGGCCCUCCCCCGCCGGACAGUCUCAAUCUCCCGCAUCACCAACGAAACCAAAAUCCAAGUCUCCCUCUCACUCGACGGCGGCGUCCUCCUCCCUUUUGAAGAAAGCGACCACUUUCCCGCCCCCGAGUCCGCCGAAGAACGAGCCGCCGCGAAAAAGGGCGUGCUUCCAGAAAAAAAUGCCCCGCAUGCCACACAAUUCACUUCUACUCAACAAAUAACCAUCAAUACCGGAAUUGGGUUUUUGGAUCAUAUGCUUCAUGCUUUGGCGAAGCACUCGGGGUGGAGUUUGGCGAUUCGGGCCAAGGGGGAUUUAUUCAUUGACGACCACCAUACCACCGAAGACACUAUGCUCGGCCUAGGAACAGCAUUCACAAAAGCCCUCGGCGCACGCACAUCUCUCGCCCGCUUCGGCCGCGGUGACGCCCCGCUUGACGAAGCACUCUCAUGGGCCGUCAUCGAUCUCUCAAACCGACCCUACGCAGUCAUUGAUCUGGGCUUCAAGCGUGAAAAGAUUGGCGACCUCAGCACGGAGAUGAUAACGCACGGCCUAGAAAGUUUUGCACAGGCUGCUGGUGUCACUUUGCAUAUUGGUUGUUCGUAUGGAUCGAAUGAUCACCAUCGGGCUGAGAGUGCGUUUAAGGCGUUGGCUGUUGCGAUUCGGACUGCGUGUGCCAGGAGGAGCGCUGGGGAGGCGGGUGCGGGAGAUGUGGUUUCUACCAAGGGUGUACUAUAG